UCUUACAAUUCUGGGUAUCUUUUAGUAAUAUUUUCUGCGAAGCAAGUCAAUUAAGGCACGCGUGUUUGUCGUUAUCAACCUGAAAUGAAGAAAAAGGGAUUACCGGUUUCUUUUGAAUUUGUGGCUUUUCUCUUGGUUUCGCAUAUGGCGCACACCGCUAAUGGAGACGUGAGCUAUUCAAUUCCGGAGGAGAUGAAACGCGGAUCUGUGAUUGGAAAUAUAGCCAAAGAUCUCGGGCUCGAUGUAAACAAACUGUCGACUCGUAAGGCUCGCAUUGACACUGAAGGUAACAGAAAACGAUUUUGUGAGGUUAAUCUGAAUACUGGAGAACUGGCCGUAUCGGAGAGGAUCGACAGAGAGGCGCUUUGUGGAAAGAAAGCUUCAUGCGUUAUAAAACAGGAGUUCGUGCUGGAAAAUCCUUUAGAAUCUCAUCGCAUUAACAUUAAUGUUCAAGAUAUAAAUGAUAAUUCCCCUUUGUUUAAAAAAGAUCUGAUUAAACUGGAAAUCAGAGAAUCGGCAGUGAAAGGUGCUCGUUUUUUACUGGAGGAAGCUCACGAUGCGGAUAUUGGAACUAAUUCUGUUCAAAAUUACAAUUUAAUGCAGAAUGAAUAUUUUGAGUUAGCCGUUACUGCUAAAACAACGGGGAGAAUGUAUGGUGAAUUGCUCCUUCAGAGAGAAUUAGAUCGUGAGCAACAACAGAGUGUUUCAUUGAUUCUUACUGCGGUUGACGGUGGGACUCCACUGAGAUCAGGUACUGUAGCCAUACACGUCACUGUGCUGGAUGCUAAUGAUAAUGCUCCAGUCUUUAGUCAGGCCGUCUAUAAAGUCAGUCUGCCUGAAAAUUCUCCUGUAGAUACUGUAGUGGUUACUGUGAGUGCUACUGAUGCAGACGAGGGCCACAAUGGAGAAAUAACUUACGAAUUUGAGCACGUAUCAGAAAAUGAUUUGACAAUAUUUUCUCUCGACUCCACUAAUGGAAAGAUUUCAUUGACAGGGUCUCUUGACUAUGAAGAUGAAUCGUUGUUUGAGCUUCCGAUUCAAGCAACGGAUGGGCUGGGAAUGGUCUCUUAUGCAACUGUUUUUAUUGAAAUAUCAGAUGUCAAUGAUAACGCUCCCAUGUUAUUAAUAAAAUCUCUAAAUAGUCCCGUUCCCGAGAAUGCGUCACCCGGUACAGAGGUUGGCAUCAUUAAUGUUCAGGACAGAGACUCUGAGAAUAACGGACAGGUGCACUGCUCCAUUCAGCAAAACGUCCCAUUUAAACUCGUUCCUUCAAUCAAGAAUUACUAUUCUCUAGUGACCACAGGUGAAUUAGACCGUGAGUUAGUGUCAGCUUAUAAUAUCACAAUUACUGCUACAGAUGAGGGAUCACCGCCUUUAUCUUCCACUAAAAAUAUUCACUUUACCGUAGCUGACGUGAAUGAUAAUCCACCUGUAUUUGAAGAGCAGAAUUACAGAGCUCACGUGCAAGAAAAUAACAAACCGGGAUCCACUAUUUGUUCAGUAUCCGCUACAGACCCCGACUGGAGACAGAAUGGAACUGUAGUUUAUUCUCUGCUACCUUCUGAUGUCAAUGGAGUUCCAGUUACCUCCUUUUUAUCUGUUAAUGGGGAUACUGGGGUCAUCCAUGCUGUGAAGUCAUUUGAUUAUGAACAGUUGAACAUUUUUAAAGUGCUGGUAUUAGCCAGAGAUAACGGGUCUCCUCCUCUGAGUAGUAACGUGACUGUGAGUGUCUUGAUAACGGAUGAGAAUGACAACAUCCCUCAGAUAUUAUACCCCUCUCUGGAAGGAAACUCCUUCAUGACCGAGAUGGUACCCAAAUCUGCUCAGGCAGGCUCUCUUGUGUCCAAGGUGAUCGCCGUGGACGCGGAUUCUGGACAGAACGCGUGGCUCACCUAUCACAUUAUUAAAGCGAGUGAUCCGGGACUUUUCACUAUCGGUGUCCACAGCGGAGAGAUCAGAACACAGCGAGACCUUUCUGAAUCUGACAACAUGAAACAGAGCCUCAUCGUCUCCGUGAAAGAUAAUGGACAGCCAUUUCUCUCUGCCACGUGCGCAUUAUAUUUACUUAUAUCAGAUAACUUGGCUGAAGUUCCAGAAUUGAAAGACAUGUCUCAUGACGAGAGCAGCUCAAAACUCACUUUUUAUCUGAUCAUCGCGCUGGUGUCUGUUUCCACUUUCUUUUUAACCUUCAUCAUCAUCAUUCUGGCCGUGAGGUUUUGUCGCAGGAGAAAGCCCAGAUUGUUGUUUGAUGGAGCUGUAGCCAUUCCCAGCGCGUAUCUUCCUCCAAAUUACGCAGAUGUGGAGGGCACGGGAACUCUCCGCAGCGCGUACAAUUAUGACGCAUACCUGACCACGGGCUCGCGCACGAGUGACUUCAAGUUCGUCAGAUCUUAUAAUGAGGACACACUGACUGCUGACAUGACGCUCAAAAAGACUCAGUCCGUUGAAAAUAUACUGGACGGUCUUUGCAAUGAAAAUUCUCAGUUUCAGCUACAGACCUGGACUGGAGACAGAAUGGAACUGUAGUUUAUUCUCUGUUACCUUCUGAUGUCAGUGGGGCACCAAUGUCCUCCUUUUUAUCAAUCAAUGGAGACACA